UUGAAUCCAACAUGGCGGCCACAGCGGCAGGAUGUCAGCACUACGUCCGCAAGUGUCUGUUAAAAGCUCCUUGCUGCGAUAAGUUCUACGUGUGUCGUCUGUGCCAUGACGAUGAGGAGAAACACAAGAUGGACCGGUUCCAGGUGCGAGAGGUGAAGUGCGCCGUGUGUGACCGCGUGCAAGAGGCUCAGCAGGCGUGUCGUGGCUGCGGCGUGACGUUCAGCGAGUAUUACUGCGACAUCUGUCACCUGUACGACAAAAACAAGGAGCAGUUCCACUGUCAGCCGUGCGGCAUCUGCAGGAUCGGCCCGAGAAGGAAGUUCUUCCACUGCCAGAAGUGCAAUCUGUGUCUAGCCAAUGAUCUUCAGGGCAAACACAAGUGUGUUGAGAACGUGUCGAGGCAGAACUGCGCCGUGUGCAUGGAGGACAUUCACACGUCCAGGAUCGGCGCUCAGGUCAUGCCCUGCGGUCACCUGCUGCACAAGACCUGCUUCGAGCUCAUGUGCAGAAAUGGGGCAUACAGGUGUCCCCUCUGCAUGCAGUCAGCGAUUAACAUGACGGAGUACUGGGAGGAGAGAGACAUGGAGAUCGCUCACACACCCAUGCCACCUGAGUUCAAGGAUCAGAAAGUGAAGAUCCUGUGUAACGACUGUCAGAACCGCUGCACUGUCAGCUUCCACGUCCUGGGCAUGAAGUGCAGCAGCUGCGGCUCCUACAACACCUCGCAGGACUGAAUCAACAGGCCGCACCUAGAAAACCUUCUCUUUGUCUUCGAAAUGGCUCCGUAAUGACAUUAAGUUAUCGCCAGAACUCAUCAUCAUCCUCCUCCUGCUCAGCCUCGGAUGAAGACCUGCAGCACUUUCAGCUCCUCCUCCUCCUGCUCCCUCUCUGCUCACUGAUAUGCUGCUUCACAGACUGUAUUUAUUUGUUUGAACAUUGCCCUCUAACAGAACGACAGUUGAUUGUGUUUUAUUUCAGAGCUUCUCACUCAGCACCAGCUUCCUCCUGCUGUAGCAGAUAAUGUUGUGUGAUUAUUCUUUCUUCUGCUUAAUGUGUACGCAUGAACAGGAUGCGAAACAGUGUCUUGAGGAAUAAUAUUUAACUGUAAUACUGCAGAAGGAAUUCUACAGUAUACAGUACAGUACUACUGAUAAUAAAAAAAAUCAUAAAUCUAAUGUCUUAUUGU